AUGAGUUUUCGAACCGUUAAUAGAAUACUUGGAGCGGUGGAGAAAACAGAAGGUUUAGGAGUCAAGAUUCGUCGCUCCAUUGGAAAUUUGCCUUUGAAAAAGUUCAACCCAUUUUUAUUAUUCGAUCAUUUUGAAGCAGGUAAAGGUUCAGGUUUCGAACCUCAUCCUCAUCUAGGGCAUGAGACCAUUACUUUAGUAUUAAAUGGUUCAAUUGUUCAUGAAGACUUUACGGGUUCAAAAGGUCAAAUAUUCCCGGGUGAUUUACAGUUUAUGACCGCUGGGAGAGGAAUAGUUCAUACAGAAAUGCCGGUUCAAACGGAUGAAUCGCUCGCUGCGGGAAUUCAGGUAUGGGUUGACUUACCUGAGAAAUUGAAGGAAUCAAAACCUCGUUAUCGUGACUUGAGAAGUAAUGAAAUUCCAGAAGCUGUAGAACAAGAUGGAAAACUACGCAUUAAAAUCAUUUCGGGGGACUAUGCUGGUAUUGGAUCUUUGAAGGAGUUGGCAUAUACCCCUAUUCAUUAUUACCAUGUAACUAUGAAGCCAGGUGCUAGCUUAGUCCAAAAAGUACCCAAGGACUUUAAUUUCUUCUUAUAUAUAAUCAGGGGCAAUAAUUUAAUAAUCAACAAUGAAUACCCUGUCAAGGAAUAUGAUACAUGUCUCUUUAACAGAGAUGGUGAUGAAAUCAGUUGCAAGAAUGUUUCUAGCGGUGACGGAAAUGAAGGUAUAACCGAAUUUGUUUUAAUAGGUGGAAAAACUCUUGAUCAGAAGGUGAAUCGAUUUGGUACAUUUGUCGCAACUUCUCAAUCUAGAGUAAAAGAAGGGUUGGAAGAUUAUUCUCAUGCUCGUAAUGGUUUUGAAAAUUUGAAAACCUGGAAAAGUUCAAUUAGUAACAAUCCAUCAAAAAACACGAAAGAGAGCUAA